GGGGACUUAAGUGUACCUGAUGUACCCAAGUCUAUGGCCUGGUGUGAAAGCUCCAUCUGUGUUGGUUUCAAGAGGGAUUAUUAUUUGAUACGGGUGGAUGGAAGAGGAUCCAUCAAAGAACUAUUUCCUACAGGCAAACAGUUAGAACCAUUGGUGGCCCCUGUAGCAGAUGGAAAAGUUGCAGUUGGCCAAGAUGAUCUAACUGUAGUGCUCAAUGAAGAUGGGGUCUGUACCCAGAAGUGUGCCUUGAACUGGACAGAUAUUCCAAUAGCCAUGGGUGAGAAUGAGCAGUAG